AUGGGCUUUGGCUCCGUUACAACUCCGGUUCCAGACUAUCCUAAUCACUCAUGUCCAUAUGGUGGAUUGUGGUAUACGUGCGCCAACAAUUCCAUUCCGUUUCAGGGAUGCUGUGAAAGUAAUCCAUGCAAUGGUCAAGGAUGUUCGGCGCAAGAUUUACGGCCAGCGGGUCUUCAUACAGUGGCCGUCGCUGGAGGCUCAACAUUUACCGUUCCAUCUUCCGUUGCAACAUCGACUCCGACUUCUAUCGCCACGACAACAGAAGCGGGUUCGACCACUACGCCUGCUCAAUCGGAAUCCAGCACUUCAUCGUCAACUGAUACGACGGCUAUUGCAGGAGGUGCUGCUGCCGCCGCGGUAGUCUUGACCAUCCUUGUCGGCCUUGCUCUGCAUUUCUACUUACGACGAAGGAGGCUCAGACGUACGGCAAACGGUCCUCUACAUCGUGAAGACGUGCCCCUAGAACACAAAGGGUGUUAUCAGGAUCGGCCUGGAACCAUUUUGACACCUCUCCCCUGCUAUCCUGAAUCAUCUCCUCACGUGUCUUCCCCAGGUGUUCCGUUUUCUCCCGCACCAACGUAUGCUUCAAUGCCAACUCCCAGGCCUCAAGAAAUGGAACCUCAAGAAAUAAUGGGAUUGGGUUUAACUCUGGACGAGUUCCAUCGCCGGACCAAGUCCAGGUCGCCCGCAAAUGUUGGGGAUGAACCUGUCGAACUUGCAACCCAGCGAUUUGCUGCUGUUGAUCCCAACCUGGAAGCCAAAAGGCCCACUUCCAGAGACCAUCACGAAGCCACAAGAGACGAAAUCGAGACUUCGUACCGACCCAGCAAUCAGCCGCUUAUGCGCAGAGACAUCCAAGAGCCCAUCGAGGAGACCAGCAAGGGGCCUCGACCAAGGUGGAUGAGGCGAACCGAAAUAUUUAGUAACGGAUCUAAAUGA